AUGGGUUUUCAUUGGUUUUGGCUUCGGACCGUCGAGGCCUGGCUUACUGCCCGGUUGCUGGCCAGCCCGUCGUUUCACCGGAUGGUUGGAAGAGUCCAUCAGAAGGUGCAGCACAUUCGUCAUGGUGUACCUCCCGAGGAGAUGGGAGGUACCAAGAUCGACAAGAAUAAUGAUGGUCUUCAGCGUUUCGCUCGAUAUUUCAAGGAAGAGAUUAAAGAUCAGUUCAAGGGCAAACCGCCGAACAAACUGUGACCAUGCUGUAUAUUCGAACGACAUUAUGUUAUGAUACCCGAUAAUAGAGUCUCCCCCUCGUCUUCGCUCCAUACUGUACAUUAGGUACCGGAUAAAGAUUGGGCUGCAUCUCUUCUGCACCGUGGGCUGUAUCCCUCAUUCUAUCCGGAGAAGGAAACGUCAACAGCUCCACCGCUUUGCUCGGCUUCUUAUGGUUUAGCUGGGCUUUGAAGUUGGAAGCGUACAUACUAUAUAGUCUAAUCAAUUCUUUUAAAUUGCUCUGAC